UGUGUGUGAAGGAGAGAGAGAGAGAGAGAGAGAGAGUGCGAGAGAGAGAGAGAGUGCGAGAGAGAUGAAGUCUGUUGACGCACACCGACCAGCUUUUCCUUGCUCAGUUAUUAGUCUAGUUUUUUACGCCAUCUGCUUUGAUAUAGUGAUCUGAUAUGGGACCCCGUGUCACUGUCACGGUUCCACUGUCAUGUUCCUUACCGGCAGAAUGUUGAGCAACACCGGUGGAGUCGCGAGGGAAUUCCUACUGUGGAGCGCUAUCUGGAUCACAGACAACUGACCCCAAAACAAGGAACAUGAGACGCGGUAAAGUUCCCAUACCGAUACUGGAUGUACUAUCAGCUAUUCUGCUGCUCAUGCACCUGUCUGAAAUGGCAACCAGGGCUGCAGCAAUGGUGUCCAGCAGGGUGGCAGUAGAGAGCAGUUGUCCUCUAGGCCAGUUUCCCUGUGGUAAUGUGACAGUGUGUCUACACCAGGCUCUGCAGUGUAAUGGACAUAGAGACUGUCCCAACGGAGCCGACGAGGACAACUGUGGAGACAACAGUGGAUGGGCGGACAUCUUUGAUCGAACCAUCAGGAAGGUCGAACCACAGGUCCUACCGUUACCAGAAGUCUGCUUCUUGCAGCAGUACCCAGAGCAUUGUGACUGUAUCAAGACAGAGCUAGAGUGUGUGGAAGUCAACCUACAUGACGUUCCUCAAGUCUCCACCAAUGUCACCUGGCUGUCUCUGAAGAGUAAUGAGAUACAGAGACUGUCGGACAACAUCUUCUCCAAAUACACACACCUGCAGAGACUGUUCCUACAGAAUAACAGCAUCCAGACAAUCUCCACUCAAGCCUUCAGUGGACUCUACAAGCUAGAGAGACUGUUUCUCAGUGAGAACUCCAUCUCAUCUCUCAGUCCGGGUGUGUUCAGUGAUCUCCGUAAUUUAUGGUGGCUGGUGUUGGAUCACAACCCUCUGAACAGUGUUUCCCAAGACACCUUCACCGGCCUCACCUCCCUCAUGUUCCUCUCCAUGGUGAAUACAUCUCUGGUGCAGCUCCCCCAGCCCAGCCUCUGUCACCACACGCCUAACCUCAGCUGGGUGGAUUUUGAGGGGAACCAGGUCUUAACCAUUAGCUACUCUACUCUGAUGACCUGCAGCCAGCUCACAGUACUGCUCCUAAUGGGCAACAAGAUCACAACUCUUCCUGAGAACACUUUUCAGUCUCUAGUGGUUCUAGAAGAACUAGACCUGUCGGACAACCGGAUUACUGAGCUCCCCAACAACACCUUUAAGAGCCUAAAGUCCCUCGUCAAACUGAACAUAUCCCAUAAUCCUCUGUUCCACAUCCACCCGGGUCACUUUGAUCACCUGACCCAGCUCCAGUCCCUAAGUCUGGAGGGUAUUGAGAUUCCAGACAUCCAGACGAAGAUGUUUGCACCCAUGGGAAACCUCUCCCACAUCUACUUCAAGACGUUCCAGUACUGUUCCUAUGCGCCCCACGUGAGAACGUGUAAGCCCAACACAGACGGUAUCUCUUCCUUCGAGGACCUGUUAGCCAACGUGGUGCUCAGGGUCUCUGUGUGGGUCAUGGCCUUCAUCACAUGUUUCGGGAACCUCUUCGUCAUCGGGAUGAGGUCUCUGAUCAGGGCGGAGAACAACCUGCACGCCGCCUGCAUCAAAGUCCUCUGCUGCGCAGACUGUCUGAUGGGAGUGUACCUGUUCUUUGUCGGUGUGUUUGACGUGAAGUUCCGAGGGGAGUACAAUCGUAACGCUCUCCUGUGGAUGGAGAGUGUGGAAUGUCGAACCAUCGGAUUCCUGGCUAUGCUCUCCUCAGAGGUAUCAGUUCUGCUGCUGACCUACCUGACCCUGGAGAAGUUCCUGGUCAUAGUGUUUCCCUUCAGCCACCUGAGACCUGGUAAACUACAGACUGUGGUGGUGCUAGUGUCUAUCUGGGUGCUGGGGUUCAUCAUCGCUGUGGUUCCCUUGCUGAACGACGAUCUGUUUGGAAACUACUAUGGUCGCAACGGGGUCUGCUUCCCCCUACACUCUGACAGACAGGAGAAACCCACUGCAAAAGGAUACUCUAUCGGAAUAUUCCUCGGUCUGAACCUGGUAGCCUUCCUGGUGAUAGUGUUCUCCUACUCCUCCAUGUUCUACUCCAUCUAUAAGACUGGAAUCAAUGCUACAGACCUGAGGAGCAGGCUACACAGAGAUGUGGCUGUAGCUAACAGGUUCUUCUUCAUCGUCUUCUCUGACGCCCUUUGCUGGAUCCCCAUCUUCCUGGUCAAGAUACUGUCCCUGCUGCAGGUCGAGAUACCAGGUACCAUCUCAUCCUGGGUGGUGAUCUUCAUAUUACCCAUCAACAGUGCCCUGAACCCCAUCCUCUACACCCUGACUACCAGCUUCUUCAGAGAACAGGUGGAGGUGCUGCUGUGUCGCUGGCAGAGACGGUCGGCCAUGAAGAAGAACAGGAAGAGCCUGACCUCCUCUACCAUACAUGGAGGCCUCACGGAAUACAUCCUAUCCCCCCCCAGUCUACCUCCUGAUAUGGACCCUCGCUAUGGGUGAGGGAAGAAGGGAGAGACAUACUACCACCCCCUUCAUAUCUGCCCAGAAUUUAAUUGGAUCCUGACUGUGGGUAGAAAGGGGGAGAGUGGAGAAAAGAGGAAGGACAGUAUUUAUUUUACCACCCCCUGAAUCCCACUGACUGAGAUAUGAAGGCAUCUCUCCACCUGGAGAAGGAGAGGAGAUAUUUUACCACCCCCUGAAUCCCACUGACUGAGAUAUGAAGGCAUCUCUCCACCUGGAGAAGGAGAGGAGAUAUUUUACCACCCCCUGAAUCCCACUGACUGAGAUAUGAAGGCAUCUCUUCACCUGGAGAAGGAGAGGAGAUAUUUGACCGAUCUAUUGCUCCUCUCUCCACACCACCCUGCAGCUCCAGCCAGAGGACUAGAGGACUACUGCUUAAUGAACCAUUCAUUUAAUACCAUUAAGACCAGGGCUGCCCUGGAGAGGGCUGUUUCAGACUAUUACUGCUGCAAAUCGAUUGCUCUUUAGGGACAAUAUUGAUUUGUGCUCAAAGCUCCAAGCUCUUCACUGUACAGUAUGGGAGAAAUUCACCUCACCCACCUCAUCCACUACAGUACUUACUAUUUGGCAGGGUUGGGGCCAAUUCGAAUUGAAGGUAGUCAAUUCAGGAAGUGAUUUGAAUUUGAACUUCAAUAAAUGGAAAAACUUUAGAAAUAAAUAGCUUUUACUUAUAGUUUCUUGAGAAGCAAUUUAAAAAAGAUGGUAUUUUUCGAUGCCUUCAGUUCGAAUUGACCCCAACCAUGCUGUGUAGCACCGAUAAAUGCUGGGACUGGGAGGAUGUAGGACCUGUUUACAUAUGGACUCCUUAUCAACAAACCUCUUCGUUUGUUUGUACAUAAACAACUGAACUGUGUGUUUCUUUAAUAAUCUAGCUCCCUUGGUUGUGUGUGUCACAAAUGGCCCUUUGUUCCCUUUGUAGUGCACGUGUUUUGAACAUGUUGGGACGUGGACUUUCGUCUUUGUGGAGUCUGUUAUUCUAACAUGAAGAGAGGACUCUUACCUGUGGUCACAUGUCUGUGUACUGUACAUGCCCACUGGGCACAAACUGGUUGAAUCUAUGUUUUUUUCGACAUAAUUUGUCAACGUAUUGUGAUGUGGAAUCUACGUGUAAAAUACAUUGAAUUUGCAGAAAGUCAUCAACUGUUGUUUUAAGGUGGAAUUUCAACCACAUGAUUAUGUCAUCAUUGUAACACAUUUUCAACAUAGACAAACCUUGUAUAAAAAAUGUUACAUUUCUACCUUCGAAACAAUGUCAGAUCUUUAACGUUAUAUUCACUAGCAGAAAGAAAAGCAAUGGGACGGGCAGCACCUCCUACUGGAGAGUUGGUCUAUCUACAGCACCUCCUACUGGAGAGUUGAUCUAUUACAGCACCUCCUACUGGAGAGUUGGUCUAUCUACAGCACCUCCUACUGGGGAGUUGGUCUAUCUACAGCACCUCCUACUGGAGAGUUGAUCUAUCUACAGCGCCUCCUACUGGAGAGUUGAUCUAUUACAUCACCUCCUACUAGAGAGUUGGUCUAUUACAGCACUUCCUACUGGAGAGUUGAUCUAUCUACAGCACUUCCUACUAGAGAGUUGGUCUAUCUACAGCACCUCCUACUGGAGAGUUGAUCUAUCUACAGCACCUCCUACUGGAGAGUUGGUCUAUCUACAGCACCUCCUACUAGAGAGUUGAUCUAUUACAGCACCUCCUACUAGAGAGUUGGUCUAUCUAUCUACAGCACCUCCUACUAGAGAGUUGGUCUAUCUACAGCACCUCCUACUAGAGAGUUGGUCUAUCUACAGCACCUCCUACAGGAGAGUUGGUCUAUCUACAGCACCUCCUACUGGGGAGUUGGUCUAUUACAGCACCUCCUACUAGAGAGUUGGUCUAUCUACAGCACCUCCUACUGGAGAGUUGGUCUAUCUACAGCACCUCCUACUGGAGAGUUGAUCUAUCUACAGCACCUCCUACUGGAGAGUUGGUCUAUCUACAGCACCUCCUACUGGAGAGUUGGUCUAUCUACAGCACCUCCUACAGGAGAGUUGGUCUAUCUACAGCACCUCCUACUGGGGAGUUGGUCUAUCUACAGCACCUCCUACUAGAGAGUUGAUCUAUCUACAGCACCUCCUACUGGAGAGUUGGUCUAUCUACAGCACCUCCUACUGGAGAGUUGAUCUAUUACAGCACCUCCUACUGGGGAGUUGGUCUAUCUACAGCACCUCCUACUAGAGAGUUGAUCUAUCUACAGCACCUCCUACUGGAGAGUUGGUCUAUCUACAGCACCUCCUACUGGAGAGUUGAUCUAUUACAGCACCUCCUACUGGAGAGUUGAUCUAUUACAGCACCUCCUACUAGAGAGUUGGUCUAUCUACAGCACCUCCUACUAGAGAGUUGGUCAAUCUGCAGCACCUUCUACUGGAGAGUUGGUCUAUCUACAGCACCUCCUACUGGAGAGUUGGUCUAUCUACAGCACCUCCUACUGGAGAGUUGAUCUAUUACAGCACCUCCUACUAGAGAGUUGAUCUAUUACAGCACCUCCUACUAGAGAGUUGGUCUAUCUACAGCACCUCCUACUAGAGAGUUGGUCUAUCUACAGCACCUCCUACUAGAGAGUUGGUCUAUCUACAGCACCUCCUACUAGAGAGUUGGUCUAUCUACAGCACCUCCUACUAGAGAGUUGAUCUAUUACAGCACCUCCUACUAGAGAGUUGAUCUAUUACAGCACCUCCUACUAGAGAGUUGAUCUAUCUACAGCUAUCCAUUCGGUCUCCCAUCCAGCUUUGAUAUUUGUUACAAACUAUUACCAAUGUGCUGUCUUGAGAAUCAGGGGCGCAACUUUGGUUUUAGAAGUGGGGGGGGACAUAAUUAUUAUAUAUAUAUAUAUAUUUAUUUUGGGGGGGAAAUCCAGACGGAUAAACACUCCAAACAGCCUACCCGACCGCGUGGAGGUGUCCACGUGGUCCUAAAGCACAGCGUUGCCUUGUUUUGUAUCACAUUCCAAUUAUAAAACUGUCCAGGACAAAAAUGCAAUUUCAGACCGUGGGGGGGGACAUGUCCUGAAAGUUGCUCCCCUGGUGAGAAUGAUUGAGAGAUCUCCAAUUAAAAACAAAAUACAUUCACUGUUGCUAUGGAAGUCAUUUCAAAGGGUAGGUUUAACAGAGCAAAUUAAACACUGUAGAACGAUACUUUAUAAAGUCAUACAUCAUCAAUAAGACUAUUUAGGCUUAUAUAGUAUUUGCAAAGUUCCAGGUGGAACCCUUUCAGGUAGAACCCAAAACGGGUUCUACCUGAAACCAAAAAGGGUUCUCCUAUGGGAACAGCAGCAUAACCGUUUUGGAACCCUUUUUUCUAAGAGUGUAGGGUUUCAAGCAUUGGUUGAUUUCAAAUGUAAUUUAAAAGUUCAUAAGGAAUAUAUUGGAUUCACGUCUCCAACUCAACCAAAAAUCUAAGUUAAAGAAUAUUACUUUAUUAAAAAUGUGUUUGAUUUAGUCCUAUUCUUUAACUUAGAUUUUUGGUUGAGAUGGAGGCGUGAAUCCAAAACUGGAAUUAAAACCAAACGAAUGCCCAGAUUCAAUCAGAUCGAGCGUUAACCAUCGUUGGCCGACAUCCCCAUAGCAGAUGUUUUGACGGUGUUGGAGCUGUAUCUACAGUAUGAGCUGACACAUACUGUAGGUGAGUGGCUGCUUUUGUGUGUCACAAACCACUCCCUUCCUUAGAAGUAUUAAGUGUAGGCUGUAUCAAUGUUAGAAAUAACUCUCAACUAUCAAACUGUUGAUGUCAAACCAAUGAGCCAUUCACAGUUUCACGGUACCGGCCCUGUGUACUUAAACUUGCAUGGCUUAAUUUUUGAGGCAAGCAUAUGUCAGGCUAAUGCAUGUUUAAAUGUUCAUUUGGAUGAGCGGAUUUAUAGCCUAUCAGUCUAAUUCAAGUUUUUGAACUUGUAACGAAGGCUGUGUUGGAUUUGUCGGUUGAUAGUCGGGUGUGGUUUCAUUGCAUGCAGUGUCUAUGAUAAGGUAAGGCAACGAGCCACUUGUGGAUUUGACAGCUCUAACGCAGUUCCACCUCCGACACCUCCAUUUAACAACCACUAUGCGGAUGUUAUGGAAUCCAUCCCUUAGUAAGUGGCACAAAACUAUCCAAGAAGAAGAUAAUCUCCUUCAAAUGUGGAUACUUGGUAAUGUUUUCAACCAAACAGAAUUCAAUAUGACUUUUGUAAAACAGUAAAUAUCCUAAAGUGAAGGUUAUUUUACAAACUAAUGUACACAUCCAUGGCCAUAUUUUGAGGUUACUGUAGCUUUAAAUGUCUUAUAUAAUCAAAGCAUGCAUGUUCAAGAUAGCGUGCAAAGGUCGCAGGUCUGUGGAGAUCUACAUAAUUACUGUAAUAAUCUGUGCAGAACCUCGAACAGCGUUGAUCACUUGCAACAUGUACUUUUAAUGUAAUCUCAACUGCAAUCUAGUUAUUUUGGUUCUGCUUUAAGAUAAAGCACGGUGAAAACACAUGACAUUGUUGUAUAAAUAAACAACAUAUCUGGCAUUGUA